AUGGCAGUCGACUUGAUCAAGGUGAUGCUGAUUUUCACGGCUUGUGUAUUUUGGGUCAUAUUUGGGUCCUUCAGUGCAUUCGCUGAUGGACCUACAAUGAGUUGUUGCCUCAAACUAGGUCGUAGCAGACCGCCUUUGGACAAAGUAUUGAGCUACAGGAUACAAACUAAAGAACUGUGUCCUAUAACAGCAGUUGUGAUUCAGACUGUAUCUGCGAAAAGACUGUGUUCUGAUCCUAACAAUGCCUGGACAAAGAGAGCCAUGCGGAAGGUGGAUGAGGAGAAGAGGAAGGGCAGAUCUGAUAACAGCAACAGAGCUGCCACUCAAUAG